AUGAAGUUUGGAGAACAUCUCAGAAGUUCAUUGAUUAGAGAUUAUAGUUUUUAUUAUAUUUCCUACGAUGACUUGAAACACCAAUUGAAAAAGGGUCUAGUAAAUAACAACGAUUCAUGGUCCAACGAAUUGGAAGAGAAAUUCUUAACCUCUCUAGAGUCAGAGUUAGACAAAGUUUAUAAUUUUACAAAAUUAAAAAAUGGCGAAAUUCUUAGAAGAAUGAAAGACGCUGGAACGGUUGUCAAUAAUCUAGUGAAUGAUUUAAAUAAUGCAACUGAACAAGAUUUUGAGGACUGCGAAGAAGAAUUAUCAGACAUCAUUGCCGAUGUUCAUGACCUAGCCAAAUUUACAAGAUUGAAUUACACAGGCUUUCAAAAAAUAAUCAAAAAGCAUGACAAAGUUACCAGUAGAAAUCUAUCUGAAAAUGAUCUUAAAUUCAUCCUUAAACCAAUAUUUCAGGUCAGAUUAAAUUCCAAGCCAUUUUUUAAAGAUAAUUACGAUAUUUUAGUUGUCAAAUUAUCUGAAUUGUAUGACUUGGUAAGAACUAGAGGUAAUCCAGUUAAAGGUGAUUCAUCUGCAGGCGGUUCUCAGCAAAAUUUUGUAAGGCAAACUACAAAGUACUGGGUUCAUCCUGACAACAUAACUGAGUUGAAACUAAUUAUUUUAAAACAUUUACCUGUUUUGGUUUUUAACUCAAAUAAGGAUUUUGAAAAAGAAGAUUCUGCUAUAACAUCUGUUUAUUUCGAUAAUAAAAAUUUAGAUUUAUAUUAUGGUAGAUUAAGAAAAGAUGAAGGUGCGGAAGCACACAGAUUACGUUGGUAUGGUUCCAUGGAUUCUGAUACCAUUUUUGUUGAACGAAAAACACAUAGAGAGGAUUGGACUGGAGAAAAAUCAGUUAAAGCAAGAUUCCCAUUAAAGGAAAAGCAUAUUAAUGAUUUUAUUAAAGGCAAGUAUACUGUCCAUCAAGUAUUUGACAAAAUGAGGAAAGAUAAAAAAAAAUCCAUUAAAGAAAUUGAAAAUUUGGAAGCUUUAGCAACUGAGAUUCAAUAUACAAUUUUAAAAAGUAAUUUAAGACCUGUAGUCAGAAGUUUUUAUAACAGAACAGCAUUUCAGCUUCCUGGUGAUGCGAGAGUUAGGAUUUCUCUAGACACAGAAUUAUCAAUGAUUAGAGAAGAUAAUUUUGAUGGGUUAAACAGAACAAAAGGAAAUUGGAGAAGAAUGGAUAUUGGUGUUGACUGGCCUUUUAAUCAAUUACCAGAGAAGGACAUUGUUAGAUUUCCUUAUGCUGUUCUUGAAGUUAAAUUACAAACACAGCUCGGUCAAGAGCCCCCUCAAUGGGUUAGAGAUUUGGUUGCUAGCCAUUUAGUAGAAGCAGUUCCCAAAUUUUCAAAAUUUAUUCAUGGUGUUGCAUCUUUGCUCCCAGAGAAUGUCAGUUUAAUUCCUUUUUGGUUACCACAAAUGGAUGUCGAUAUCAGAAAACCUAAAAUUAAUAAUGCAAGUAAAUCAGUUGAAAUUUCUAGUAACCGUAUUCCUGGCUCAAAUAUAAACACUAUUAAUAACGUUGGCAACUCGUUGGAUGAAGAAGAGUUAAUGGGUCAUAACAUUGGACAGGAGGGUGCAUAUAAUUCUAUUCAAUCAAAUAAUUUUUCAACGAAUAGAAGGAAUGAUUUGUCAUUAGAACAUAAUGAAAAUACUCCCUUAUUGGGUUCUUCUAAUGAAAUACAGACCAAUGACUCUAAAAAUUUUGCUAGAAAGUUGACUGAUUUUCUUUAUCAUUAUUUCAACGACGAUAGGGUUUUUAAUGUUCCCUUGGGUACAGUAUUUGAAACUAAAUUUGUUGCUCCUCCAGGUAAAGAAAUUUGUGUGCCUGUCAGAGUUGAACCAAAAGUAUAUUUUGCUACUGAGAGAACCUACCUAACGUGGUUAUCAAUUCUGAUGAUUCUCGGAGGAAUUGCAACUUCAUUGUUGACAUAUAGCUCUAAUAUUAGUGCAAUUACUGCCUCAAUUGGGUUUUUUUUAUGUGCAAUUUUUGUGAUCAUUUACUCAUCUUACAUCUUUGUUUGGAGAGUGAAAAAUAUUAGAAAAAAAAGGGCUGUUGAUUAUUAUGAUAAAUUUGGACCUACGGCUAUAUGUGCUUUCUUUGGUAUCGCAACUUUGCUAAGUUAUGUGUUUAAAGUAUAUAAUUAA